GCGGCUUGUCGGUUUGAAUUGAGUUUCCUUGCCUGACAUUAAGCUCGCUUUGGAUCAUUAAAAAAUCCAUCCUGCACCUUCUCGUUGACACUGCUUUUUUCGCGCCUUCAUCUUCGCGUCUGGUCUUAUUUUCUCUUCUUUAUCAAUAAUAUCUAUUUUCACCACAAUCAAUCUCUGUUGAUUUACAUGAGACGCCUCGAUCAUCCUUUCUAGCGCUUUUCCUCCAUCAUGUUGUCCCGGGUUGCUCUUCAGAAAAAUGGCCUGGCUCGCGUGCGGCGAGCCGCAGGCCGCUCGACCUUGCCUUCGCCAGCAACCUUAAGGCUUCAUUCGCAGUCAACCCGACCAGUGUCUCACCUUAACUCUUCGUCACCGAACUCACCAGAGCGCUCUCGCCGACCUUCUCUUAGCUCAAACCGGAGCCUCGCCACUGCCGCAGAGCAGUCCGCCCUCACUCAGGGGUCAUAUAUCCCUUUCGAAAAUCCUUCUUCCCACGAGAGCCCCGCCUUCUCCGGCGAAAACUACUUCGAUCAGAAACUGUCUCCUUUCUUCAGACCACUUCCCCGGGGCUUUGAUCCGUCGUCUCUGAUCAUUGUGAACGAGGCCUUGCAGACAAAGCCAAAGGUGCAACGGAAAGUGAGGGGCUUGGGUGGUGAUCUCGAUGAAAUGCUUGCCAACUUCGAUAUCUCCCUACGACUUCAACAAUACGAAAGAUCAGCUAGUCUACUCAAUCGCUUAAAGGGCUGCUACCCUUCUGGAUCAAGUGAGUACUUGACUCUGUGCAACCGCCACCUGAACGCGGUGGUUACGCAUAUGUCCGUGACUAGGCAGCAUGAACUGGUUUCCGCAUGCCAGAGGUUUUUCGAAGGGGAGCUUGAAGCCAAUGAUGUGAAGCCCGAUGGCACGACCUACGCAAUCAUGAUUCGGAUGUGUCUCCGCAUGUUCCACGACUCCAAGCGCGACAGAACCGUGCGCAGGUACUGGGAAAUGGCUAAGCGUGAAUCUUUGGAGGAAGAGGUUUUGUCGGCUUCUAUCCUUACGGAAAUGGAUCUGGGUGAGCUCUCGCAGAUCUGUUCCGCCGACCUGCAGCGUGUUGCAAUGGGUGAUCUGAAGCCCGACACAGCUGGUGACGGUGCCCAGUCUGAGAUUGCCAAUAUCAAGGCUGUUGAACAGAAGGGUCUUGGUCUUUCAUCUCUGCAAGAAUCCCUUGGGAUUUUCUCCGACCCUUCCAGAGUCCCGAUGUCCAUGAGCCUUGAAGGCACCGCGGAGGAACAGUUGCGUCAACACAAUGAGGCUAGGCAGCGCCAGCUUGAACAGGAUUCCAUCCAAUCAGCGUUGAACCGCUGGCGCGCCGAGGCUGAGGAAAGGAGAAAGGGUGGAUACGAUGGCACUGAGAAGCGUCUGGGCCCGAUUAUCGACCAGUGGUUUACUACGCUAGAAGCAAAGAUUGGAGAAGAGAUUGAACUUUUCGAGGAGCAUCGGCUCCAAGACCAACCGCGCAGCCCAGCCGAAGCUGAUCGCUUGGAGUAUGGCAUCUACCUAAGGUCUAUGGAUGCGGAUCGGCUUGCAGCAAUCACAAUAAUGAGUGUCAUUUCCACGUUCUGUCGCUUGGGAGUGGACCAGGGAACGAAACUGGCCGGCCUCUCUUAUAAUAUUGGUCAAGAAAUCUACGACGAGCUUCUCGCAAAUCGAACUCUGCAAAAGGAGAAGCAGAAGGCAAAUGAGUCCACUUACCGCCAGAAUCGGACAAAACAGGCUCUUGCCAUUCGCAAGCAAAAGGAUGGCCGUGCUCGUUGGCAUCACAUUGUCCGCCAGAUAGAGGAAGAGGACCCGUCUGUUUCUUGGUCGCCUCGUGUUAAAGCGAAGGUUGGCGCCACAUUGAUGGGCUUCCUCUUUGACGUUGCCAAGGCCCCGGUUCAGGUCGUCAAUCCUGAGACUCAGAAGAAGGAGAUGUCGAUGCAGCCUGCGUUUCAGCAUAACUACCAAAUCAUCUGGGGAAGACGUGCUGGCUUCAUUCACCUCCAUCCGUCUAUCGUCGAAGUGUUACUGAGGGAACCCCCCUCUGACUUUUUGGGCCGCCAUUUGCCCAUGAUCUGCGAGCCCAAGCCCUGGAAGAGCUUGGAUGAUGGCGCUUACUAUGUUUACAAGAGUAGGCUAAUCCGUUCGACACCAGGCGAGAGUCUGCAGCCCGCUUACCUGAAAGCUGCGAUCGAAAACAAUGGAAUUGAGCAAAUUCGGCAAGGCUUGGAUAUUCUAGGCUCCACGGGAUGGGUCAUCAACCGCGAUGUCUUCAACGUCAUGGUCGAGGCGUGGAACUCUGGUGAACAGCUGGCAAACCUCGCUCCCUUGGAUCCUGAACUAACUCCUCCCCCGAGGCCGGCUCCGGAAGAAGGCCUUGAUGCUGAAAAGAAGUGGGACAGACUUGUUCAAGCCAUGGAGAACCGCAAAUCCGGCAUUCAUUCGCAGCGUUGCUUCCAAAACUUCCAGAUGGAAAUCGCCCGCGCUUAUCUCGACGAGACCUUCUAUCUCCCCCACAAUAUCGAUUUCCGUGGCCGUGCCUACCCUCUUCCCCCGUACCUCAACCAGAUGGGCGCCGACAAUGCUCGAGGCUUGCUGCUUUUCAGUGAAGCUAAACAGCUCGGCCCGCAAGGUCUCAGGUGGUUGAAGAUCCAGAUUGCAAACUUGGCUGGGUUUGACAAGGCUAGCCUUUCCGAGCGCGAACAGUUUACAAUGGAUAAUCUGGACGAUGUCCUGGACUCAGCCAACAACGGUCUGAAGGGUCGGCGUUGGUGGCUGACGGCUGAAGACCCUUGGCAGUGUCUGGCUGCUUGCUGCGAACUGAGGAAUGCACUCCAGCUGGCGGACCCUACCCAGUAUCUGUCCCGCUUGCCCAUUCAUCAGGAUGGUUCCUGCAACGGACUGCAGCACUAUGCUGCUCUGGGUGGUGAUAAAGUUGGUGCCCAGCAAGUCAACCUCGAGCCUUCUGACCGUCCAUCCGACGUUUACAGCGGUGUGGCCGAGUGGGUUAAGAGCACGGUCUCCCGGGAGGCCGCCGCGGGCAACCCCACCGCCAAGUUCCUCGAGGGAAAGAUCACCCGCAAAAUUGUGAAGCAGACAGUCAUGACUAACGUCUACGGUGUCACUUUCAUGGGUGCCAUGAAACAAGUUCGCAAGCAACUCGUCGAUCACUAUCCCGACCUCAGCCCUGAAGAGAGACAUGCAGGUGCGUUGUAUAUCGCGCGCAAGAUCUUCGAAGCCCUGGGCACUAUGUUCAACGGUGCCCAUGACAUUCAAUAUUGGCUGGGAGAUUGCGCCAGCCGUAUCACCCGUGCUAUGUCGCCCUCUCAGAUUGAAGAAAUCAUUGGAGACGCCAUGUCAGCGAACACUGCCUCCGCUGUGGAUCCGGCCAAGAAGUUGCGAAACACGGUCAUCUGGACUACUCCACUGGGAUUGCCUGUGGUUCAGCCUUACCGAGUUCGCACCUCCCGACGUAUUACGACCAGUCUGCAGACCUUGAGCAUUGUUGAUGCUACAGCCGAGGAUGUUGUGUCGGCGCGUAAGCAGCUUCAAGCCUUCCCUCCCAACUUCAUCCACUCCCUUGACGCCACGCACAUGAUGCUAUCCGCCAUUGCCUGCCGCAAAGCCGGUCUCUGCUUCUCGGCCGUCCAUGAUUCCUUCUGGACGCAUGCCUCUGACGUUGACAAGAUGAACGAGCUUCUCCGAGAGGCGUUUGUGCGCAUGCAUUCCGAUGAUGUAGUGAAGCGGUUGGCCGCUGAGUUUGAAGUUCGGUACGGCGACCACCUCUUCCUCGCCCGGAUACCCAACAGCCAUCCGAUCAGCAAGAAAAUCAAGCGGUGGCGCGCGCUUAAGAGAGUGCAUGGCAAAAGUACGAAGAUCUUUGAGCUGUCUCUUGAAUACGAACGGCAGAAGUUCUUGAAGUCCGACGAUCCCGAGCUGCAGGCUCGGGGCCGGGCUAUUGAGACCCCGGCUAGUAUUUUUGAGGCCGAUGGCCAGGAUAAGGAUCUGUCCAUCUCGCACACGCUGGGUGAGACGGCCGUCGGUCACAUUCCUGAGAAUGUGGAUACCAGCCGGGCGUCUGGCCUCGACCCGGACGAGGCGGAUCCCGCUCUCGAGUCCCUACUGGGCACGUUUGAGGCCGAUGGAGAAGGCGUGGAGGUCGAGAUCGCCGAGGAAGAACCGCAGCCUAAAACCCGGAAGAGCGCACCGAAGCAACGCAUGUACACCCAUUUCUGGCUUCCGAUGCAGUUCCGUGAGGUGCCCACUAAGGGCACUUGGGACGUGAGCCGUAUCCGCGACAGCAAGUACUUCUUUUGUUGAGCGCGCCCUUCCCGGCCCUCGGUGUGUGGUUUCCUCUGCGAGUUCUCCGAUCCAUUGAUAUCCCUUGUCUGCGUAUGUUUAAUUUCUUUGAGUGGGCACGCAUCUCUACUUUCCACCACGGCGUUUCGAUGCGGGUGUUCCUGCAUAUGAUAUUGGCGGGGCGCAUGGUUUCUUCUGUAUAGCUUGGGACUUAUGAUCUGACUGGGGGUUUUGUUCUUGUGUACUCUAGAAAAGCGAUGAACAUGAUGUAUAUCAUGAUGUAUAUAACAUUUUGGAAUG